CUGCUUCCAUUUUGUAGUGAAUAAUAAUUAGCUCUCGGGUUGGUGUAAUUUUGCUAAUAUGCUUUGGAAUAUUUAUCGAUACUCUCAUAUCGAUAAAAUUGUCACAAUAUCUUAUUUACAACUGCUUUGGAUGAUAUUUACAUAGGCCAUCCACAUUAAUUUUUAAGUACCUUUUUUUCUACCUCUUAAUAAUUAUUCACCGACCUCACAAAACAACAAAUCUGGAAAAGCAAGUAAAUAUUAUAAGAGGAAUCUUUAUUUGACAAAUGAAUCACGGGGGUUUACAACCAAUCGUUGUCUCAACUGUCUUGAUUUCCAAAGUGCGUAACCAUGGCGCAUCCUCCGCAUGCUAAGGCGGCUGUUGAACUCCCCAGCCUCACUUUGUAUAUGUAUAAGAUUAUCGCUUUUAAAUCAUCUGAUGCACAGCCAACGCGUGUCGCCAAUUCAUGUACGCGCAGCGAGAGGUAUUCCAAAAGGGCAUCCUUUGAAGAUGCUCUCCGCAGAGGAUUCCUCCCGCAGCACAUGCAACUUCAUCUCCGACAGAGAGCUCUUCUCGUUUUCCGAAAGCGCGACGGGAUCACGUCUGUAACCGCGUGCGCGUGCGAGUUUUACGACGACGUGGAUGUUGAAAUAACGGAGGGUCCUGCAAAGUCACUUUGUGGUCGUCGCGAAACCGCCGCACUUCCUUCCUUCGUGGGUGAUAGUGUCAAGUGCGGAUGACGAAUGUGUAAUGUCGCGCCGUUAAUUUCCCCGGGAAUAUGCAUGCGACUCCGUGGCGAUACUAAUGUAGGAUGUACUGUGACAAUGACCCUCCAGAUUAUCUAGGAAUUUAACAAAGGGACGGAAUUAUGGAAGUCGUAGUUAAUUAUGUUUCACUCGGUAAAGACAUUCUCAUUUUAAUGAGAUAGUAUUAUAUAUUUUUUUUAAUUAACAUGUUAGGAAUGUUUGUUUUCGAUAAAUAUCAAGAAAAUAUGUGUUAUUGUUGCAAAAACGAAUUCAACAAAUUUAUUCUAGUAAGAAUAAUCAAAGUAUCAGUCAGAUCAGUUCUUUUUCUCUCUCAUAGAAUCAAAUAUUAAUAGCUUAAUAUUUUAAGCAUAGAAACAUAUGUGACAUGAUCAUGGAUUAUUUUCUAGUUACAAUAGUUUAUCUUGAUCUUUUAACGGCAACAAAACUCCCAUCGUAACACAUGGCUCGAAACGUGUAUAUAAUAAUAAACGUGUGUGUGAUAAUGCGUUAGAUACAAGCACCGGUAAAUUCAUGCAUUUUAAGCAUUUCAAAUCAUCUCCGCAUCUACGCCAAUAUUUGCGUGCACUUGCCAGGACUUCACCGUCAUUCGCGGAACGAGGUAUUCAUGAUCCUACUUUGAAUAAAUACACAUAAAUCCCCGCGAUAAUGAUCGUUUUUUUUUACUCAUCGAUAAUCGGCGCUACGCUGGUGGGAAAGUACUAUUUUCUGAGCGGAAGUUACAUGAGUAGCGGGGAAAAAGCAAGUUUCACAUUAAAUAUGACCUACGCUGAUGUGAUAUCAUUGAUCUGUGUAAUAACGUUGCGUGGGAGCAUCAAUGAACACUGAGUCACAUAUUACGUACAAAAUGACAUGUUAGACGAUACAUGCCGACUAAAGUUUCAAUUUAAUUUUACAUAUAUUUGAUUCUAAACAUGUAAAUAUUUUUACACGCAUAUUGCAUUCCAUCAAAACAAUUUUUUUAAAUUACGCAUUUUAUUUUAUUUAACUUUACAGUUUUCGUUUAAUUACGACAUCUAACGUCAUGCUAAGAAACAUCAGAAGAAUUUUUUACAAAGAAUCUCGUAACGAGAAUUGCAGCUUUUGCCUAGAAUUUCUCGGAGGAGAGGGUUCGUUAGCAUUCAACGCGUUUGGACGCUGUCCAGAAUCGAGCUUGGCCGUUAAGAGUUUAACCCAGUGACGUGUUACUCCGGAGUUCAGCUGAUUGAGCGUCAUGAAUCACAUUCCUCUACGAGCGGCAGGUACUAUGCGCGUAGCGUCAUGCGUUUCUCCGAAAUAGUAUCUGGAAAAUCGUAAUCUCUCCGCCGUUCAUAUAAACCCCGACCGUAUCGCGUGCGGCCAUUCAGUAACUCGUACGAGCCACCGUAUACAUCGGCUCCUCGGCGCGCGUCCCUUCGGACACGAUUCACAAGGGCCCUGGGCCUCCGCAACGGUGUGCGAGGGCCCUUUCUCUCAGGCAGCACUUCCCAAACUAGGGUUCCGCGAGAUGACGAAAAAUUACACGUUCCCUGCCGCUUGUGAAGCCUAUUUAAACGACGCGCCAUCCGCUUUAGGGGUCACUACUGCAGCCAUAAAUAUGAUAUCGUGAAAAUGUUGUGAUGGCUGGUACAUCACAACGUUCGAGCGAAGAGCUCGAACCAGAUCUAUCGGUCCAACCAGCUCCAAAAAGGUCCAAAUGGUCCGAAACAUCCGAUGAGCCGUCUGUGAAAGGACGUUCAACGGAAAGCACUGAAACACCAUCUACGAGCAAGAUCUCGUUAGAGACUGACGUUACAUCCGAACAAGAAAAGGACAAGCAAUCAUCCGAUGUUGCGGAAUCAGCGGGAACGUCGGAACAAUCGGCUUUGAUCGGCGAGACGUCUACGGAAUCGAGCGAGGAAUUAGUCCAAACUGCGGAAUCGAGCGAGGAAUUAGUCCAAACUGCGGAAUCGACCGAGGAAUUAAUCCAAAAACAUUCGGAGGCCUGCGAACGAGAGAGAGAUACCGCGGCGGAAGCGAUUCCAGGUACCUCGCAAGGAACAGAGCUCGGCACACUGAAAUAUAUCGUAAUGAAGUGCAGCAAUCCAGUGAACCGUCGUACCUCCUUGGCAGUUGAUGAUGAAAGCAUGUCCAAUUUCCCGCUGCGUAGCAAUUCAGCGUACGAGACUCUCUCCUCUAUCGGGGGCGGCGCGUACGGCACGGUAUUCAAAGCGAAAGAUAAGUCAAGCGGUCAAGUCGUAGCGCUUAAGAAAAUCAGAGUACCUUUGUCGGAGGAUGGUUUGCCUGUGUCCACUGUCAGGGAGAUUGCCGCCCUCAAAUCGCUGGAGCCAUACGAACACCCACAUAUCGUCAGAUUAUUAGAUGUUUGUCAAGGAGAAGAACAAUCCGAGGGGUCCUUGUCAGAUGACGAACAGCAAUCCGAAAGGUCCAGUCGUGGUCUUAGCUUGUGGUUAGUGUUUGAGCACGUGGAAAGAGAUCUCGACUCGUUCAUAAAAAGUCAUCGAGUACAAAAUCCGCGAUCGUUCAUCCCGUCAAGUCAAGUCAGGCAAAUGAUGAAGGAGUUACUUACUGGGGUAGAUUUCUUACACAGUCAUAGAAUACUGCACAGGGAUUUAAAACCGCAAAAUAUUUUGGUCACGCGAGACGGGAGAAUCAAAAUUGCAGACUUCGGCUUAGCCAAGACUUAUGAUUUUGAGAUGAGAUUAACUUCGUUGGUGGCAACUCUUUGGUAUCGAGCGCCUGAGGUACUUUUGGGAUGCUCCUACGCUUCUUCUGUAGAUAUCUGGUCAGUCGGCUGCAUAUUUGCAGAACUUUGUAGAUUGGAGCCAUUAUUCCCAGGUGGCAGCGAGGGUGAUCAACUCGAUAGGAUUUUCCAAGUUCUGGGUACUCCAACGCAGAACGCAUGGCCGGAAAACGUAUCGCUUAGUUGGAACGCUUUCCCGUACAGACAACCAAAACAUUUUGGUGCAAUAAUACCAGAUCUCAAUGAGCAUGGUCUAGACUUAAUACAGAGCAUGCUCGUGUUCAAUCCUGAGAGUCGUAUAACAGCAGCUCAAGCUUUAACUCACAGAUAUUUUAACUGACAGUAUCGUAUAAUCCGUAAGUUACGAUAACUAAAUGUAAUAGUAAAUUAAAUAUAGAAUUAUUAAUACAUCAAUUUACAUGUAUUUACAUACAUAUUAUAAUUAAUGCAUUAUAGAUAUAACAAUAUUAUAAAUUUACGAUUUUAGUAUUAAAAAGUAAGAUGCAGGUUUUUUUAUUUUUUAUUACAAAACAGUGGAUAACACUUUUUAUCCACAUCCUAUUAAGUUAAUUUUAUUUUCUUAAUUAUCUAAUAGAUCGAAUAUAUAAUCGAACUAGAUAUUAAGGUAUCAUAGAUAAAUAUAAUAAUAUUCUUUAGCAAUAGACUCCUACAAAA